AUGUCCGGGUUGCUCGAUUCAAGCGGCGACAAGGUCGUGGUUGGCAAGAGCCAGGGCUAUUGGCUGGACCACAGCGAUUUUGUGUCAACUGCAGACCUGAGCGCUGAGCAGAUAGGACAUGUUGGCUUUCCGCGGGACUGGCCCAAUGUUUACGGGACAAGCAAAGCACUGAAGCAGCUGGUCGGAAAGAAGGGUAGGUGUGCAGGCAAGAAAGUCGGGGUCGUGCCUGGACCGGAUGCCACGCAGCUGUCCAUGGUGAAGGGCCUUCAAUUUCAACCACUCCAAAGCUUCUCCAAUGCCGAACGUGCUGCAAAGGCAGCUGGUAUGGAGGUGGUCCGUGGUUGGGCAGUGUAUGAGCACCUGGACAAAGCGAUUAGUGAAGCGUUUGUGGCAGAAAGAUUUUGGUGGAACUCCCUUCCGGACGGAACCUGGGUGGAUUUCACUCCGAGGCCAGAAAGCUUCCCAGACCUGCUUUUAGCGGAGGCUGUGGAUGGCGCGCCAAAGGCACAGGGCAUCCUCAGCAGUCAGCAGUGCGACUUGCUGCAGAAGUUGCUGAUGCAGCGCUUUCCAGGCUUAGCUGCCAAAACCCCAAUCGCCGAGGAAAAAGUCGCAGCAGCUGCUGUGGCGCCGAAGGUGACCACCAAGAUGCAGCCGUCAACCAAGGCAGCGAAGCCAGCAGCUGCUCCUGCUCCGGCUUCUCUGCGCGAACUUGCAAGGCGUAUUCAAGCUGGCGAUGGGGAGGCAGUGCAACAGUUGGAUGAGAAGCUUCGCGGUGAUGAUGAGUUGUGUGUACAAAUUGCAAGCGAAGGCUUAGCCACACCUCUUUCAAAGAUGCUUGGCGAGCGCAAGAAUCAGGAGUCAGCCUUGAAGCUCAUGCUGCUUCUCACAGAUGCUGGCGUCUCUCUAUCCAGCGAUGUUGGCACUGAGAUGAUAGCCGGCGGUGCAGUGCCAAGACUUGGUCACCUACUUACUGCUUCAGAUAGCAUUCUGCAGGAGAUGGCAGCAGCUGUGCUUGGCAAUCUUUGUCAUGAAAGCCCUGAGAAUCAGGACAAGUUGGCAGAGGCUGGCAUUUUCCAAAAGCUGGUAGACUUGCUUGGCAUUGGCACCGGAGCCGGACCAGCACAAGAAGCUGCUUAUGCCAUAUGGAAUCUAACUGUUGGACACGAAGGCAACAGCGAUGCUAUUGCUCGACUUGGGGCUGUGCCCAAGUUGGCAGAGCUUCUGAAAGGCACAUCUGACAUUGCCCAAGAGAAUGCAGCAGGCGCACUCAUGCACAUCACCAUGUCCGCUGAGGCACGAGCUGCAAUCGGGGAGUGCAACGCCAUUCCGAAGCUGUGCGAGCUUCUAAAGCCAACUUUCGAACCAGAGGUCAGCACACAAGCAGCUGGUGCUUUGCUGAAUUUGGCCAGCGAUUGUGCAGAUUAUGCAAAGGCCAUCGUUUCGCAGGAUGCCAUUGGCCCGUUGGUGAACUUGGUGAAGGAAGGCCCUGACCUGGCCCGUGAGUAUGCCGCGGGAGCUCUGAUGAAUCUCACUCGAGGGGACAUGGAUGUGGCAUCUUCUGCUGCAAAGCUGGGUGCAAUUCCGGCUCUGGCAAACUUGCUGUCGAGACCUUCAGGGCAUUCAGAGUCCCUUGGUGCGCUGGCAAACUUGGCCAGUGGCAGCGCUGAUCGCCAGAUCCAGAUUUACAAGGCGCAAGUGACUCGGAAGGCUGUGUCACUUUUGAGUGAUCCGGACAUCGAUGUUCGCCGGUCAGCUGCUGCCUUGCUGAUGAACUUGGCACCGCACGGGAAGAUUAAGGAGCGAAUAGUUGAAGCUGGCGCUUUGAAGCAGUUGGCGAAAGCUCUGAAAGAUGAUGAUGAGACCUUGAAGGAACGCGCUGCUGGUGCACUGGCAAACCUGUUCAAUGACCACAGUGCGAAUGUCCACGCAGGUUUUCAGCAGGCUGGUGAGAUGAUCCCAUCGCUGGUAAGUCUGAUCCAAGAACCUGGACUGUCGGAAGAUGCCAAGCGGCAGGGCGCUCAUGCCCUAUCGAUGCUGGCUGCGGAGGACGGUCCUUGCGACGCGGUGUGGCAAGCUGGAGCUGGGCCACCGCUGCUGAGCUUGCUGAAGGAGAUGAUCGGGGAAGCUGCCCUUGGCAUCAUGAUGAACUUGUCGUGGAGAUGGCCGGAAGUCAAGACAGAGCUUGCAAAAGGCGGUACGAUCGAGUACCUCAUGGACAUGCUCAGGCUUGGUGAUGCCAUGGCCAAAGAGUAUGCAGCAGGCGCUUUGAUGAAUAUGACCGCUGGAUCUCCUGACAGCGCCGAAAAGGCUGCUCCAGCGGUUGCGGACCUAGCAGAACUAUUGAAGGCUGAAGCUGUGCAGGCUGCAGAGUGGGCAGCUGGGGCGAUGGCCAACAUUGCACGGUCUGGACCGGCAGCACAGGAAAUGGCGAUUGAGAAGGGGGCGGCAACAUCCUUGGCUGCGUUGCUUCCAAAGGUCACAUCCAACGGCAUGGCUCUUGUAGUUCUGGCGAUGACCUCUUUGGCUGAGACGCAGCCAACCAAUGUUGGGCAGGCUCUUGGUUCCAAGGAGAAAGCCAAGCUGCGAGACUUCCGGGAGAUAGCAGCAACCCCGACUUGCAAGAGUACACGAAGGCCCUGGUGGACAAGCUUGGGCCUGGCUUUUCUCUUUGAGUUGCAGAGUGAGCCGACUACUUAUCCCUAA